AUGGCGGACACCCAAGGACAAGAGAAUGCUCACGGUGCCCUGGAUGGCAAGGACGACAAGUCGCUCGCGAACCGAGUUGCAGACGCCGUUGCGGCCGAAGACGCAAAGGACGAGGACAGCCCCGAGGUCGCUGCCAUGAAGGAGGACCCGACCGCGCCUGCGCGCAGCCACGGAAAUGAGCCUAGCCGUGGCGCCAAGAUUGAUGCGCAGAUUCUGCAGGAGGAGCAGGAGGAGCUCGAGCGCAAGGGCAAGGCUUGA